AAUUACAUUGAGUAUAUAAGAAUAUUAAUUAUGUGUUUUAUGCCUUUUAUUGCUUAAUUCUAAGUAACAAAUGUUGAUUGACAAAUGUAAUUUAAACAAUUUCAGUUGAAUUCGUUAAUGUUAAAUCUAUAUUCACUUUAUAUCUCUUCCAUAUUCCAUAUAUCAAUGGUACACUUUGUACCUCGUGAUAAGCUGUUUAUUUGGAUUAAAUCACCCGCAAGGACUGUAACGUGCAACGUAAAUCAACAUGUCAAACGAAAAAAUCGUCCAUGAGGUCUUUGGAAAAACGUCUGACGGAAAGGAUGUACACAUAUUUACGUUGCGAGCAGACGAUAUCACAGUGCGCGUGCUGAACUUUGGCUGCGUUGUUAAGGACAUUCUCGUUCCGGACAGAUAUGGAAACGUCACCGACGUAUGCCUGGGAUACGACGAAUUUAAUGGUUAUGAGGCGAAUCCGGCAUUCAUGGGUUCCAUUUGCGGACGGGUAGCUAACCGAAUUGAUGGCGCAACUUUCCGGCUAGAUGACGUCACCUAUGACGUAUCCAAGAACGAUCCACUGGGUAACAACCUGUGUCAUGGCGGAUUCAUCGGGCUCACACGGCGUUUGUUUGAUUGGUCGAUUAACGGAUCCAAACUUAUUUUGACGUUUAACGACGUUGAUGGUAGUGAAGGGUUUCCCGGUGACGUCAACGUCACCGUAACGUAUGAACUGACCUCAGGGAACGGCCUAAUGAUGGACUAUACUGCAACAACGAAAAAACCAACCCCUGUGGACAUUGCAAACCAUUUUAUGGCCAAUUUGGGUGGUCAUGCCAAUGGCUACGUCGGUGACCAUAGCGUGACAAUGAACACGUCCAAGACGUUAGAAUUCAAUGAACGAUUUAUUCCAACUGGGUCCUUAACGGACGUUGAAGGUACCAUACUUGACUUCCGGCAACCUGUGUUGUUAAGCGACGUUCUCGAACAAAUGCCUGCGAAAAAUGGUCUUCACCAUGCCAAUUUGGUAGACGGACCAACUGGUCAGAAAAAUCUGUGUGCAAGAGCAUUUCAUGCAGCCACCGGAAGGUACAUGGAAGUUUACAGUACGGAACCGGUCUUUAUCUCGUACAGUUGUUUCUAUUUGGACUUCCUGUUGAAAGGCGCCAUUUGUAAAGACGGCCGUUCGUACAAGGAGAGUGGUGGGCUAUUGUUCAUGCCUCAGAAAUAUCCGAACGCCAUUAAUACGCCCAGUUUCCCGAGCAGCGUACUCCGCCCCGGCGAAACGUAUCAUACGACCACGUGGUACAAAUUUGGCGUAGACUACAGCAAUUGAAAGUCCAAGUGUGUUGGUCACUUCUGUAGUAUCUUUCAAUAAAUUUGUGAUGACUUUGAAAUUAUUAACAUGAUAGUUAAUCUAUUCUAGCUUCAUAACAAAUGAUUCAAAUGGUGAGAAUUAUAUUUGCGUGUAACCGUGUUUCAUACGUUUCUUGUUCGGUCAUUUUUGAAUAUAUGUAAGAUUCUGUGUACAUGAACGUUGUAUUUUAUAUUAAAGCUGCAAUUUCCAA